AGAGACGUGGCAAUUGGAAAGUUGUCCAAAGAUUCAAGCAUCGAGGUAUAUGGGAUGUGCCACAGAUGAGUGAUUUAGAACCCAAUGAUGUUGAAGAAACCAUUACAAGCUGUCCACAGAAAAUGCUACAAUAUUCACAGAAAUUGGAGGCACAAUAUGAAAUUGCAUUACAAGCAUGUUAAGAACGUCUUACAUGUGGAUCCUUAUAGUCAUCCAUACGAACAUGUGACUCAAGAGGAUUGGCGCCACUUAAUUGACGAUGUGUGGAAAAGCAAAGAACACAAGGUGAGAUCAAAAGCUGGCAAAAAGAAUAGAAAAAAGCUUGAGUACAAUCAUUGUUCAGGAUCUCGGUCAUUUGUUGCAACAAUGACUAUACAGCCGGAGUUUAAUGGUUCUGAAAACCUUGAAUUUCCAGAAUUCUAUAAGAAAACUCAUACCAAGAAGAACAAAGAGUGGAUUGAUCCUAUUUGCGCCGUGAAACAUUCAAAGAUGUUGAGCUUGCAAGAAGAAUCUUCCCAAUCCGGUGUGCAAUUAACAUCAGAGGAGAUGUCUAGGCAGGCACUUGGAAAAAAGGAAGAGAUACAUUCUUGGAUUUGGGGAUGGGCCGAAGCCCUCUUCAUCUUCUUCCACACCUAGUCGUGUGUCACAA